AUGGCAACUCCUUCAGACAGCCCCGUAGAGGAUGUCGUCUUCGAGAUCGAGCCGUCCAGGGUGCCGAAACCCAUCCCCGUUGCUCUCGAAGACCUUUGCAGACUCACUAAAUUCACCAGACAAGAGAUCCGGAUUAUGUACAGGGGAUUUAAAACGAUAUAUUUUAUUAAAGAAAACAAGAUCAUGAAAACCGCUUUAUUAAAAUUAACCGAAAAAUGCAAACUAUUCGAUUUUAUAAAACGACUUUACCACUUUUCAUCGACCGAGUAUUUAAGUACUAAAAUUAAGUUGUUGAAGAGCCUGAAAAACUUAAGGAAGAAAUGCCAAAAACCGGACUACAAGUUGCUGCAAUCCACCAAUAUAGUGCCAUAUAUUAUACGAUUGCUUUCCUACAACGAUUUUGAAAUAGCUUUGUUUACAACCAACUUAUUAUUGGAAUUGACAAACUAUGCAAUACAAAAAGUAUCUGAGGAAUUCAUUAAAGAACUAUUGGAGCAUUCGUUAAUUGAGUUUCUGUUGAAUAUUUUAAAGAACAUGGAUAAAGACUUGCUACGUGAGAGCGGUAUUUUAAUAAAUAUUCUUUUUAUAAUUAAAUGCUGCCUGGAAAAGCACGAGCUUGACAUUUUGGAAGAAGCAAGGGACAAUGGCCUCCUAGAUUGGGUGACUAAUAAUUUUAAAUAUGUAGUACCCUUCUAUGAAAACAAUUUGUACACUGCGAUAAUCCUCCGCGAUCUUCUUGAUGACAAAAACAAUUUGACGGCGUUUAGUGAGUUGGGAGGCAUUCAAUAUCUUUUAAAGCAGUUAUCUCUUUAUUCGAAGGAAGAACCAAAAUCUUUGGAAGAAAGGGAGUUUCUUUUAGCCAGAAAAAAUAUUUAUGCAAGACGUAAUGCCCUGAAAAUUAUUGAUUUGGCUAUGUACGGUAGAUAUGGAAAGUUUAACUGUAAGAAAUUUUCCGAUCCCUUUGGAUUAGGUAUUAUUUUUCCUUUAUUUAUGGAAACUCCAAGUAAUAUGUUUAAUAAUAUCUAUAUCGAUGACAAUGAUCUUGAGUUCCACAUUUGUUCUAUUAUUCAGUCCAUAAUGUGUGCAAACAGAGAUAACAACAUGAGGAUCAUAAAUAAGUUUACAGAAAAUAAUAUGGAAAAAACUAACCGGUUACUAGAACUGCACAAAAAAUAUAUUUUUAAAGUAACCAGUUAUCACAAUGUGGUAAAAAUUGAUAAUGAAAGUGAGGCAUCAGAAAAUAAUAUCGUCAUUUGUAAGAAAAUUAGGAACGAUGGCUUAAAUACAUUACAAAUCAUAGAUUUAAUUAUUUUGGAGCUGUGUGUUACUGGUCCACCAGAAAUUGGAAAAAGAGUAGAAGAAAUUUUAAAAAGCCAAAAUCUCUCAAUUGACGGAAUAAAAACCACCGUGGAGUAUUUUAUAAAAUUUUUGGAACGGAAUGAUGAAGAUAUUUAUCAAGAAAAUAAGGAUUACUUUAAAAGUUUAUUAGAGAGAAUAUAA